AUGCUCUCCAAGUACGUUCCUACUUCGUGGCUGCGAGACACCAAUGCUCGCAUUGCGUACAACACCCUUCGAGCGGCAGAGUCGGACGAGAAGCUCGACACAGAACAGCUGAACACCCCCAAGAGCGAAACCGACAUUAGCGGGGCUUUGCGGGAGCGACUUCGACGACUUCGGCUGGCAGUCAUACUGCUGUCCAGUUCACUCGUUCUGGUUGUCCUUGGUUGGGGUCUACGGGAACUUACAGGCCCUCGAGAUGUGUCAGUGAAGUCGCAGUUUACCGAUUACGUCGUCAAAGAUACGCCAGAAGUCUUUUCUCCAGCCAUCAAAGCCACCGAGUGGAAAGAAGUGGUAUUCCACAACAAUUUCGAAGACAAAACCCGCUGGCAAGGGCCGCCAAACGACGAAGUUGACAAGGCUUGGAGAGACCUGUAUAUCGACAUUGGAGUCAUCAAGAUUCCCAAAGAGGAUGCCGAGAAGUUGCCAAACCAAACGCUCCCUAUCCCAGGUGAAGAAGAUGGGUAUAUCGUGGGGUUAGAAGUUUACCAUCAGCUCCAUUGCUUGGACCUAAUCCGAAAGCACUUCUACCCGGAACGCUACGGCGGCGACCGAGACAUGACAGAGCAGCAGCGCAAGGAGUACUGGAUUCACCUUGAACACUGCAUCGACAACCUCCGCCAGACCAUCAUGUGCUACUCCGACAUCAGCACCAUCCCUUGGAUGUACAUGGAAAGAGUGCACGCCAACUUCCCCUCGGCCAAGACAACGCACAUCUGCCGAGACUUUGACAAGCUCACGGAGUGGAUGUUGCAUCCGGAUAGACAUUUCCCACAGGAGGAGUAUCAGCUCAGGUUGAAGGCGUUGCAGGCUGGCGCACUGGCUGAGAGUGGGAAGCAUCCUUGAUGUUGUCAAGGCUGAUGACGGUGGGUUUGGGAUUGGAUGAUAACUCGUCGGAAAACGGAUAUGACUUGACUGUA